AUGUUCGUACAAGAGGAUUGUGAUCCACCACCAACGCCAGACGACACCUCCCACAACGGCUGUGCCGCCCCCUACAUACAUAAUGAGGUGUGUACCUACCAAUGCGACGACGGUUUCAGUAAAACCGGCGGAGACAAACAGCUGACAUGUGACGAUGGAAAGUGGGACGGGGAGGAACUGGAAUGUAAAGAGGAUUGUGAUCCACCACCAACGCCAGACGAUACCUCCCAUAACGGUUGUGAAGACCCCUACAUACAUGAUACAGAGUGUGACUACGUAUGCGACGCCGGUUUCAGUAAAACCGGCGGCGACGACAGUCUGACCUGCAAUGAUGGAAACUGGGACGGGGAAGAACUGGAAUGUAAAGAGGAUUGUGAUCCACCACCAACGCCAGACGAUACCUCCCAUAACGGUUGUGACGACCCCUACAUACAUGAUGAAGAGUGUGACUACGUAUGCGACGCCGGUUUCAGUAAAACCGGCGGCGACGACAGUCUGACCUGCAAUGAUGGAAACUGGGACGGGGAAGAACUGGAAUGUAAAGAGAAUUGUGAUCCACCACCAACGCCAGACGAUACCUCCCAUAACGGUUGUGACGACCCCUACAUACAUGAUGAAGAGUGUGACUACGUAUGCGACGCCGGUUUCAGUAAAACCGGCGGCGACGACAGUCUGACCUGCAAUGAUGGAAACUGGGACGGGGAAGAACUGGAAUGUAAAGAGGACUGUGGGGCACCACCAAUGCCAACCGGCACCACCCAUACCGGCUGUGCCGCCCCCUACAUACAUGAUGUGGAGUGUAACUACCAAUGCAAAACCGGGUACAGUAAAGACGGUGGAGACGACAAGCUGACAUGUAAUGAUGGAAACUGGGACGGGGAGGAACUGGAAUGUAAAGAGGACUGUACCGCACCGCCAUCGGCAACCAACGCCAGUUCAAGUGGCUGUACACCCCCCUACAAACAUGGUGCUGCAUGUGACUACCAAUGCGAUGCCGGAUACUCUGUAAAAAGCGGCGACCCAACGCUGACCUGCAAUGAUGGAAACUGGGACGGGGCCCCCCUGGUCUGUGACCCAAUUACGACUCCGGCACCAAAUAUGGUUUGGGGCUAG